AUGCCAUGUUGUCGUCAACUUCUCGUCUCAGACCGCCGCGCUGAGCACGAUGGAACACGACCAGCUUCCGCUUGCCCGGGUCCUUGGAAUGCCGAUUUGCUGCACUUGACUUUCCAUUCACUUGCUCUCGACUUCCGCUUCUUGAGCUUCGAGGAACAGAUCGCCAUCUACCUCCCGGCAUUUGUAGGAGAGCUCGCAGGCGCUGUUGACGAUGUCGUGGAGGCCGUAGUGGUCGAUGGUGUGGUGGACGAUGGUGUGGACGAUGCUGUGGUGGACGAUGGUGUGAUGGACGAUGGUGUGGUGGACGAUGCUGUGGUCGAUGGUGUGGUGGACGAUGGUGUGGUGGACGAUGCUGUGGACGAUGCUGUGGACGAUGCUGUGGUCGAUGCUGUGGUCGAUGCUGUGGUGGUCAAUGCUGUGGUCGAUGCUGUGGUCGAUGGUGUGGUGGUCGAUGAUGUGGCCGAUAGUAUGGUCGAUGCUGUGGUGGACGGAGUGGUGGACAGCGUUGAUGGCGUGGUGGAUGGCGUGGUGGACCGCGAUGAAGACGAACUAGUGCCAGGCACUGUUGAGGCCGUGCUGACUUGCGAAGUGGAGGCUGUGAUCCUGGUCGUGGUCUUGGUCGCGGUCUUAGUCGUGGUCUAA